AUGAAAAGGCAUCGGAAAAGCAGCAAGGACCGGUGGAGUUGCCUUAUGAGAUAUGGGAUCAUAUCACAAAAGAGGAUUGGGAAGCAUUUGUUGCCCAAAAAACUACUCCGAAAGCAGUUGAAAAGCGCACUAAAGCUUAUAUAAGUUCAAGCAAGAAGAAGUUUUAUCAUCAUAUGGGUCCUAAAACUUAUGAGCAGAGUAGAAAGGGGUGGCUUCAAGUAGAUGGUUUUUACCCGAGCAUUAGCUCAUCAUCGGGGGGAACUUCUAGCUCUACAAUUAUGACAAAGAAGAUUGAUCGAGUUGCCGAUUGGUAUUGUUCACUUCAUAGUCGAGAUGCAAGUGGGAGAAGAACCAUUUCUGAUCCGGGAACGAAGAAGAUAGCCGAUGCUGUGCUUGGAUGGAAGCACAAAGAGGUUGGAGGUGAGUUUGUUCCCAAAGCGAACAAGGAUGCCUUAUAUAUGGUACUAGGUAAGGAUCAUGAUGGACGCGUGAAAGGGAAAGGAGGGUGUACGACUAGGCUUGAAAAAAGCUUACGGUGAAGAGUACUCGGCAACAAGAUCAAGCUCAAUUUCUAAUGCAUCACAAGAUAUGGAGCGCAAAAUGAAAUCUGCAAUAGAGGAGCUUGAGAAGAGGAUGAAAAAUCAAUUCAAUGCCAUCUUGGAGCACAUGGGAUUACCUAGCUUUGACGAGCGCAACAUCACUCCAGGAGACAAAUUAAGCCAACAAGAAUCCUGAGACACCUAGAGAGACACCUA